UCGGAAUUUCAGUACAAAAAAUCAGCAUGGCGGACGAUGUGGACGAAAUCGAGAAGAAAGACGAAGAACAGGCAGAGAAAGAACAUUUCAUCAGAAUUCUCAACGCCUUCAAGUUUUAUAGAAGUCACUCCAUGCGGCGAGUUUACACGGCAGAAAAGUCUUUCAAUGGUCUUCCCCAGCAUCAUCAGGAAUUUAUCCCACAAUUCCUGGACAAUCUAAAAACUAUACAAACGUGCAUCACCCAUAAUUAUGAAAUAAUUCGCCUUAUUAUUAAAGAUGCCGAAUGUAUGUUUGAGAACAAAACACAUGAAGCUGAUGACAAGCCAGAAGAAAACCUCAAGCAAAUGCCCCCCACCAACUUUGACAUGGACAAGGUCAAGACGACCUUAAAGCAGAUUGUAAGAGACUGGAGCUCAACAGGGGAAGAGGAGAGAAAGAUGUGUUAUGACCCAGUUAUAGCUGAGGUCAAGGACAUAUUUGCUGACAGAGAUCCUUCAACAGUGGGGAUUCUAGUGCCAGGAGCAGGACUUGGUAGACUGGCCUUCGAGUUUGCCAAGAGUGGAUAUCGGUGUCAGGGAAACGAAUGGAGUCUUUUUAUGUUGCUGGCCUCAAACUUUGUUUUAAACAAAUGCUCUGAAGUUGAUUGUUUCACCUUGUAUCCUUGGAUACACCAAUGGACAAACAACAAAAUGUCAGCUGAUCAGAUCCAGCCAAUCAAGUUUCCAGAUGUUAACCCUAGUGACCUUCCACCUACCUCUGAUUUUUCCAUGGCAGCAGGAGAUUUUCUAGAGGUGUACCAAACUCCCGAUGCAUAUGACUGUGUGGCCACAGUAUUCUUUCUUGACACAGCACAUAAUGUUAUAGCUUACAUAGAGACAAUAUAUGAUAUACUCAAACCUGGAGGUUACUGGGUCAAUCUAGGUCCCUUGCUUUAUCACUAUGCUGAUAUUGAAAAUGAGACUUCCAUUGAACUGAGCUAUGAGGAAGUGAAGAAAGUUAUCAAAAAGAUUGGAUUUGUUAUUCAGAAAGAAGAAACGGACAUCUCCACAACAUACACACAGAACCCUGCCUCAAUGCUUCAGUACAGAUAUAGCAGUGUCAUGUUUGUUUGUCAAAAACCAAAGGAACCAAAAACUGCCUGACAUUCCAUCUCCUUUAGUAUUAGCCAUGGUUACAAACAAACAUCUCCAUGGUUACAGCAAGCUAUCUCCAUGGAUACACACUUCUCCAUGUUGACUAUCUCCAUAGUUAUAAAUAGAAUUUUCCAUAGUAACAGCAACCUAUCUCCAUGGUAACAAACAGAUACCCCCAUGAUUACAGAAAGAUAUUUCCAUGGUUAUAGACCUAUGGCAUUGUGGGAUUUCAUUUGACUUUGGAGUGUCUUUGAAUUGCAGUCAAAAGUAUUAACUGGAGUGAAAGGGAGAGAAUUCUGUAAUGUCAACAUUGUUGCUUUUUGUGUAAAAAAAUGUUUUGUAGAUGAAGCUAGGAUAUAUUAAUACUUCCUAAGUAGAUAGCUAGAGUUUUCCUUGAACAGGGAAGAAAACUUGAGAAAAGGCAUUCUUUAGAACCAAUAUUUUUAAAUAAAUCCCUUACAUGA